UAUCUCCUGUUCAUUUAAUGCACUUGUCAUAGAAUUAGAUUGGAAUAAUGAGAAUCAUGCAAAGACCGUUUUAGUGCCCGUUGCGUUUUAUAUGACAUUUCGGUUUAAAUUUAUAUAAUAUGGUUCGGACAUUACAUUGUAUUAUUAAUACAAUCAUCAUGAGCAGAUGAAAGUCGUCUGCUACGCGUUUAUAUUGUGUGGCAACGUUGACGUUAUUCUUUUUCCUUUGCUUUUCUCUGAGAUUUAAAAUUAAAAUUUUCCCAAGAAAACUAAUUGUCAAUUGCUGAGAGACGGAUCGCUGAAACAAAUACUAAAAAGAUGGUAAAAUAAUCAGAAAGAAGAGCCGGAUAUUAAAGAAGGCAUACAUUGCAUUCGACGGAUUUUACUGUAGAUAGAGGUUAAGUUGAUCAUCAGCAUGACUUUCCACUUUCAGUUCGGGUUUAACAUGUUUCCGGAGAUUCCGCGGCCCUUUAAUACGCAGUACAAGUGCUUUUCCGUGUCGAUGUUACCAGGAAUUUAUAGGCAAGAUGUAGAACGUGGUGGGAAAAUAAUCAUGCCUCCAUCGGCUCUAGAACAAUUAACAAGAUUAAAUAUCAAUUAUCCAAUGUUGUUCAAAUUAACGAAUAAGAAAACUAAUAGAAUUACUCACUGCGGAGUCCUAGAAUUCGUUGCCGAUGAAGGAAAGGUCUAUUUGCCUUAUUGGAUGAUGCAUAACCUUCUUUUGGAAGAAGGAGAGUUGUUAAACGUUGAAAGUGUAUCUCUUCCUGUUGCAAUAUUUUCACGUUUUCAACCACAAUCAGAAGACUUUUUAGAUAUAACAAAUCCAAAAGCAGUAUUAGAAAAUGGUUUAAGAAGUUUUGCAUGUCUCACUACGGGGGAUGUUAUUGCAAUAAAAUAUAAUCAAAGAAUAUAUGAAAUGUGUGUAUUAGAAACUAAACCUGGUCCAGCAGUUAGCAUUAUCGAAUGCGAUAUGAAUGUUGAAUUUGCUCCGCCUCUUGGAUAUAAAGAACCAGAAAGAGAAACAAAAAACAAUGAGAAAGAUGUAGAUCCUGCUGAUUUAAUGCCAACGCCUACCGGUUUUGUACCAUUUAAGGGACAAGGAAACAGAUUGGAUGGUAAAAAGCGUAAGGAUUCGUCUCAGCUUGACUCGGUGAUGAAUAAAGUGGCCUAUGUAAGAGGUAUUCCUGAUUAUGAUUAUAAAAUAGGCACUUUAAGGUUUUUGAGAAAUAUGAAGCCUGUUAACAACAAAGAGGUAAAAGAUCAAGAUGAAUUCAAAGCAUUCACCGGAGAAGGUUUUUCUCUUAGAAAGUCAAGGAAAUGAUAAUGCAAUACGAAAACGAAUAAUUCGAUCGUAAGUGUAUGUCAUGGGAUCAUAUGGUCACAUUUACCAUUAAACUAUUGUACUAUUCCCAAAAUGUAUUCGUUUGUACAAUCACCCAUUGACAGUAUACAUGUAUCUUUGUACCUUAAGUCAAUACAAUAACAUUUUUAAAAUUUA